AUGGACCUCCUUCCCGCCCAGGAGGCCGCCAAAAUCUACCACACCAACUACGUGAGGAACUCCCGCGCCAUUGGCGUCAUGUGGGCCGUGUUCACCAUCUGCUUCGCCAUCAUCACGGUGGUGGUGUUCAUCCAGCCCUACUGGAUCGGGGACAGUGUGAACACCCCGCAGGCGGGCUACUUCGGCCUCUUCCACUACUGCAUAGGGAACGCGCUCACCUCGGAGCUCACGUGCAAGGGCAGCGUGUUCGACUUCAACUCCAUCCCCUCCCCCGCCUUCAGGACCGCUAUGUUCUUCGUGGGCACCGCCAUGCUGCUGGUGGUGGGCACCAUGGUGGGCUUCAGCAUGUUCUUCUUCUGCAACGCGGGCAACGUGUACAAGAUCUGCGCGUGGAUGCAGCUGGCCGCGGGCGUGUUGAUGGGGAUGGGCUGCAUGAUCUACCCGGACGGCUGGGACUCCACCCAGGUGAAGACGAUGUGUGGUCAGAGGACGGACAAGUACAGCCUGGGGAACUGCACCGUGCGCUGGGCCUACAUCCUGGCCAUCAUCAGCAUCCUGGACUCUGUCCUCCUCGCUCUACUGUCCUUCACCCUUGGCAACCGGCAGGACAGUCUGCUGCCAGAGGACUUCCAGAUUGAGGGAGCAGGACAUAACUUUGAAGAGAACGAAAACGUUUUCAUUUUUUAA